GAAAUUUCACCCUCAAAGAGGCGCUGAGGACAGAGGAAGAGUUUCAGCAGUGUUGGACGCUCUGAAAGCUAAAGAUUAGGGAUGAAGCUGACCGUAAAUGCCGUCUUGUGUUGGUCACUUUUUUUCCUUUACUUUAAUGAUUCCCUGGCAACGAAAAAAGGAGGAUUGGGGAAAAUAACCAAUCUUUUUAAAAAACCUUCUAAAAACAAACCCAAUCUGAACAGUAAGACUAAAGACUCGGCUAAAAAACAAUCCACACAGUUCAACCAAGGAGGUUACCCACAGCAACCUGGAGGUUACCCACAGCAACCAGGAGGAGGUUAUCCCCAGUACCCUGGUAGAGCAGGAGGUUACCCUCAGCAACCAGGAGGUUACCCACAGCAACCGGGAGGUUACCCACAGCAACCGGGAGGAGGUUAUCCCCAGUACCCUGGUAGACCAGGAGGUUACCCUCAGCAACCAGGAGGUUACCCACAGCAACCGGGAGGAGGUUAUCCCCAGUACCCUGGUAGACCAGGAGGUUACCCUCAGCAACCAGGAGGUUACCCACAGCAACCGGGAGGAGGUUAUCCCCAGUACCCUAGUAGACCAGGAGGUUACCCCAACCAACCAGGCUACCCUCAGUACCCAGGGAACUCAGCAGGAGGCUAUCCAGCUCCAGGUUACCCUUAUGGAGGUCAUUACAUCCACUCUAACCCAAACAAUAGAAUCCUGAGUCCUCACUAUGGCGGGAGCUUUGGAUACGGGGCCCACCAAGGUGGAGGGGGCUCUCCUUUUUCUAACUCGCUUCAAUCAAUGGGAAUCGGUCCAUCUGAUAAAUCCAGAGGAUUUGGGCGCAGUGCAGUGAUGGCGGCAGCUGGGGGCGCCGUGGCGGGAAUGGCCCUUGGAUAUGGGUUGGGACAGUUCCCUCGUCCCCAUUUCCAUUUCCACAGCCCCCAGGAGGAAUACUAUUACAACCACUACAUGUACAGGAAAUAUGGCAUGAAGUCUGCAGAGGCCAACGACUACAGUAAAAGAUACAGGGACAGUCCACCUCCACCUGACACUUUUGACAAGUUCAUGAGCUCCUGCAUGAAGAGAACAGACCUUCUGCAUCAGGAAAAUCCAAAGUCCUACCACAAGGGGGUAGCAACUGCAACUAAAACGACCACGGUGGCUGUAAACACGCCUACCUCCGUCCCCACACCAAUAACUGGCAACAACAGCAACCCAACAGUUAACAGCACUGUGGCUGCAAAGCCCUCAUCUGCUUCACCUACAGUCCUCCCCACUGCCAACAGGUCAAAGGUCAGUCCUGCCCCUGAAGCUCCACAGGUUCUUCAGAGUGACGACGAUGAUGAGGAUGAUACAGUUAGCAUUGUGGAGAUUGGUUACCCAGCACUGAUCAAACAAAUGAAGAUCAAAAGGUGCACAGAGCUUUAUAUAGUCUACACUGAAAAGUACCAGAAGAAAACCCAGAACCGUGCAGCUGGAAACGGAGCGCAGAGACUGCAGACGGGUUCUUCUGGACUCCUGUUUCUAUUCACCAGUGUGGUAUUGUCACUCCUGCAUGGCAGUUUAUCAGCACUGCUGCAGUAGUGUUUGUUUCCUGCAACAGAGAUUCAGGAAGUCAAUUUGUCCCCCAAAAUCUAAUUUCCACCGGUGGAUGGACUUCUACAUCAUCUGGCACUUUACAGCUCUAAAUGAACAAGAAUUCAGGAUACGUUAGUACGGCUGAAUUUGUGAAAGCAAUAUAUAAAUUUGAAAUAUGUAUGUUUGAUUAGCUUAAAAACCACAAAAAAUUAAGACUGCCUCCAACAAACUUUCCAAUGAAUGCAACUUAUAAACAUCAACAAAAGAAAACCAAACAGCUUCUGGAUUUUGUGUUAAAGGAUCUAAAUCUUUUUCCUGUGAAAAUAAUUAGAGGUUUACCCAAAAAAACUUACGAGAUGGUUUGAAAUGUUGAAUUUUUACAUAUGGAAACAAGAAAGGGAGAUUAGUUUGCCUUAUUUUGUUGUUCAAAUAAAGGGCUUUUUUUGAACAUUUAACUUUUGUUGUAAAAUAUGAGGCUUUAUGAAUAACUAUAAGUAAAUUGGGUUUGACAAAAGGUGAAAUCAACUUUUAGAGAAACUACAGUUCUUCUAAGUACCAAAGGCUCUAAGUUCUGGUGUUUUGAGCAUCAUCUGUGUGAAAAUCUUUAAUAGUAUUAAUAGUGAUCAAAAGCAAGUCAAAAGUGGUCAUUCUGCUGAUAAUUGUACGGACUGGACUGUUCAUGUCCAAAUUCAUGUCCCAUUAGAUCACAUCUGUCAAAAUGUGGCCCUCCAUGUUAUUUUAUGCGGCCCACGAGAGCAUAAAUGUUUUUCAUUUCUUAAAAUAAAAAAUAAAAAUUGGUGUGUAUUUAUUCAUAUCUGGGGGGAAUUGGACUUGAAAUAUCGGAUUGGCCAACUAUACAUUAGGACUUAAACACUGUCCAUAAAACCUGACCUGACAGAAUCAAAUUUAUAAGGAUUCAUGGUAGAGUACCAAGCAAACAUGUGUUUUCUAUGCAACUGUAAUUGUCACUUUAAAAAGUUAUAAUAAAUAAAUAAAUAAAUGAGUAAUUUAACAUUAAGGAGUAGUUACAUUUAUUUUUUUAUUACAUUUAGUUACAUGUAUUAGUUAUAUCUGGCCCUUUGAGGACAGACACUAUGCUGAUGUGGCCCUCUGUGAAAAUAAGUUUGACGCCCCUGAUUUAGAUAAAAGGAAAUUUAAAAGGCCACUAGGUUGCGCCCAAACCACUACAUGUUGUGGAGGUUGCACCAACUGAAAACACAAAUGUGUGUAUACAAAAUAAACAAUGGUUGUAAAAUAGCUUUGUGAAAACAAGCUGAAAGUAGAUAAUUGCUGUACUUUUCAAGGAAGCAAACACUCAAACAAAGAAGGGAGGCAAAAAAAACAAAAAAGUCCUUUUUGCUGAUGGUGUUUGUUUUGCAUCCACAAAAAAUAUUGUUGUGUCCAAAACAAAAAUGUACCUGAUUCUGUUGGGUUUUAUUGUGUAGUUGCCCCAUAGGUGUACAGUUAAAACUAAUUGCUGUAUGUUUACUUCAUUUCCUUUGUUGUCGCAAUGUUUUCAAAAAGUUUGGACUGUAGGCCGUUAUUGUCAUCAAUUAUUAACAUAUCACAAUGCAACUAAAACAAAAAUAAUAAUGUUAAAACCAUAGUUUAAAUACCAGAUGUGUUAUUUUGGUAAAACUGAAUGAAAGUAUUUUAUUAAUAAAGCUUUUUUUUGUCGCCUCAAA